CGUCAAGUGCCAUCUGGAGAUGACCGUGAAGAGACGAGGAGCAGGACCAUCCCAUCAGAAGGGAACUGGCAGGCAACAGGACUGCAUGGUUCUACAGAACCAGAGCCACUCAAUUCUAUAGCCCUGGGGCCACAGUUUAAUAGGUCAAGAUGGCUCGUGACAUGUCAGACAAAGAUAUCAUCAAGAUGGAGCUGGAGCAGCUCCAGAAGGAGGUGAAAACUGAGAGGAUGGUGGUUUCCAAAACAGCAAAGGAACUGGUGGAGUGGAUGGAGUCGCAAGCUGCCGAAGACCCCCUCCUCAAGGGCGUCCCAGAGGACAAGAACCCAUUCAAGGAGAAGGGGGGCUGUAUGAUCACCUAGCCCAGGGGGGAGCCCUGGGGGUAUGAGCGAGGGACCUGUGCUGUUUCCUCAUGGCUAGCAGGAUAAAACCCAUUAGAAACACUAGAACGAGUGUACCAGGUCAGUUAGGUUUGAUGGACGCUUUAGAAUAGACGCAGCCAAGGCAGGGGAGUGGCAUCUCAGCAGAGCUCGGGGCAGCCUGCCCUGUUCUGACGCAGGGCUCAGUUCAGAUGUAGAAAGUGAGCGAUCCAUUAGUGGACACGGCCCUUGUUGGAUCGGGAGACCGCGAUCCAGGCUCAGGCCUCCAUGCUGCAGCCUAUGUAGUCAUAGUCCUUUCGGCUUGGCUUCCAAAGCCAUUCGGUCUCUUCCAUGCUUGCCUGUUUCUCUGCUUGUGCAAACCCACUCCCCCGCGGUAGGCUGGCUUUGCACAAGCAUGGAGACGCAUCACAUUCCCUGCACAAGCGUGCAUCUGGCCGGGCGCCCGUAUCCAGAGCGACUUUCGAUUGCAUCCAGUCCAGCGGCGAAAGGGUGAGGCGCAGUAGCGGACAUCUGCAGAAAAGCAGCGAACGCAAUGUUAAUCAGGCGCUAGGACAUGGCAUUCCAUCUCCUCUCCUCCUUUACAGAAAACCGGCUGGCCAAGCUUGAUGCUGGGGGGGUCUACAAAAACCACAGAGACCCCCUUCUCACUGCAGGGGCCUCGCCCCUCCACCCGUGCACAUGGGCUUUGAGCGAAUCUUGGGGCCGGCCAUGGCUGGCUGUUACAAGCUAGAUCUCCUGUUGUUGUACAGCUGUACAAUUUGUACAAAUAAAAGAAUCCUAGCUAUGCAAAA